UAUAAGCAACAAGAGUUUCAAGAUAAAGGAUUUGGAAAACAACGAAGGAAACCAAAUUAUUCGGUAGUUAGGGAUGGGGUUGCACCAAGGGUCUGCUCUUAGCCCUUUUUUGUUCGCCUUGGUGAUGGACGUCCUAACUCAAGGUGUUCAAGACGGGGUCCCAUGGUGCAUGCUUUUCGCGGAUGAUAUUGUGCUUAUCGACGACACGCGUGAGGGACUAAACGAAAAGUUGGAAUUAUGGCGCCUUGCCCUUGAGACUAAAGGAUUCAGAAUAAGUAGGAACAAGACUGAAUACAUGGAAUGUCGUUUCAGUGGCCGGGAUACAGAAUCAGAGGUAGAAGUCAAGAUUGACUCUCACCUAGUACCUAAGGUAGACAGGUUUCGUUAUCUUGGCUCGGUAAUUCAGGCAGAUGGGGAGUUAGAUGCGGAUGUUGGACAUCGGGUUGGAGUGGCUUGGGCCAAAUGGCGGUUAGCUUCAGGGGUGUUGUGUGAUCCGAAGAUUUCGCCUAGAAUGAAAGGUAAGUUCUAUCGAUCCGUAGUCAGACCUGCUAUGUUAUAUGGGGCAGAGUGUUGGGCGGUUAAGAAGACUCAUGUGCGUCGCCUGCAUGCGGCGGAGAUGCGGAUGUUACGAUGGAUGUGCGAGAAGACAAGGUUGGAUAGGAUUUCGAAUGAGGUUAUCCGACGUCAAGUAGGUAUGGCACCGGUCGAAGACAAGUUGCGGGAAGCGAGGUUGAGGUGGCUUGGCCAUGUGAGACGGCGGGAUGCUGACGCCCCUGUACGGAGAUGCGAGAGGAUUACAGUUAUCGGGGGAAGUAGGGGAAGGGGUAGACCUAAGAAGAAUUGGGAGGAGGUGAUAAGACAGGAUUUAGGACUUCUCGACCUGACUCAGGAUAUGGCCCUAGAUAGGAACCUUUGGAGAACUAGGAUUAGAGUAGCUGGAUAGGAGCUCGGUGUUGUAGAGCAGAGCUCACUCGGUUCCUUUUCUCUUUCAAUUCCUCAGAAGAAAAAAAAAAGAAGAAUAAUAAUGAAAGUUGGCAGUUUUUACUGCAUUAUUAUUUUUAUUAUAAUUCCAUUUCUCCUCCUCACCUUAGCCUUCCCUAAUGCAGCAACCAGCAGACCCAUUGCUCCCACCAAUGCCACCACUCUUCCUCAGGAUGGGGAGAAGAAGUUGGAGGAGUUGAGGAGAAUAGG